AUGGGCUCCCCCGCCCCCGACGACGACCCGGCAUCCCCGGGCCCCUCCCGCCGCGCCCAGUCCUCGGCCCCGAGCAGCGCCGUCCUCCCAGCAUCCUUCUCCAUCGACGAGGCCUCCCUCUACGCCACCGCCCGGAGCAGCCUCUCCCCGCCGCGGCCCGCCUUCGGCGGCGGCGGCGGCGGCGGCGCUCCGUCCUCGGGCGCCAGCACGCACAUCAGCGUGAACCCUCCCGGGUCCGGCGGCGGCAGCGGCAGCGGCACGGGUGCGUCAGGCGAGCCGGGAGGCAGCGGCGGCGGCGUGCGCCUGUCGGAUCUCUUCGACGAGGGCGGCGCGGCGGCGCACUACCCGGCCUCCAUGUCGAGCUCGGUGCGGCAGCACGUGUACGAGGGCGGGCUGCGGUACCACGCCUACCACGACGGCAAGUACGCCUUCCCCAACGACGAGGUCGAGCAGAACCGCGACGACAUGAAGCACGCCAUGACGCUGAUGCUCAUGGGCGGCGAGCACUGCUACGCGCCCGUCGAGGAGACGCUGCGGGAUGGCGGGGAGGUUCUGGAUCUCGUGGCCGACAAAUACCCCAACGCCGUCUUCCGCGGCGUCGACCUCUCCCCGAUCCAGCCCAACUACGUGCCGGACAACGUCUACUUUGUCGUCGACGACUUCGAGGACGACUGGGUCCACCCGGACAGCUCGAUCGACUACAUCCACGUCCGGCACACGCUGCACUCGGUCCGCGACCGCCGCGCCCUGCUGCAGCGCUGCAUGCGCCACCUCCGGCCGGGCGGCUACGUCGAGUUCCAGGAGCUCCGGUACGAGCCGCGGUGCGACGACGCCUCCGCGGGCCCGGACGUGCCCUACGCCUUCCGCGACUUCAUGGGCUUCAUGGACGCCGGCCUGCGCGCCCUCGGCAGCGAGCUCAACGCCGUCGCGCGCCUGCCCGCCGACCUCCGCGCCGCCGGGUUCGAGGGCGUGCGCGAGCGCACGCACAAGUGCCCCAUCGGCGUGUGGCCGCGCGACAAGCGGCUGCGGUACUGCGGCCUCUUCCUGCGCACCGCCAUCAUGGACGGCCUGCGCGGGCUCGUCCGGCGGCCGCUCGGCACCGGGCUCGGCUGGACGCAGCUCCAGAUCGAGGUGUUUCUCGUCGACGUGCGCAAGGCGGUCAUGGACGCCGACUUUCACGCGUACUUUCCGUUUCACGUCGUGCAUGCGCGGAAGCCGUUGAGUUGA